AUGUCGAUGAAGGUGCAAGACCUGGAGUCGAAGCACAAGGCCGCUGAGUUGGACGCCGCGGACGAGCGGCAGCGGGCCGAGCGGUACAGGGGUGAGCUGGAGAGCGUGCGCUUCGAGGUCGACCGCCACAAGAGCCGCGCGGAAAGCGCCGAGCGGGAGCGCGACAUGCACAUGGAGGCCGCCAAGCGGCACGAGGACAGCCUGAAGCGCAAGCACGAGGAGGUCUCCGAGCACCUCGCCCGGACGGACCGGCAGGCCCGGGAGGCGGAGGAGCUGCGGGCCCAGCUGCGGAGGCGGGAGGACCGGCUGGGGCGCCUCCACGGCGGCGUUGGCGCGACUGGCGCGACGGUCCUAGCUGCGGGCAGCACCGCGCAAGGGAGUUCCCCCGCUGUUUUACCGAAGGUGGUGGACAUCGUGCAGGCGGGGGUGAAGGUCAGCCUCAAGAUCAGGAACCCCGCCUACUCUGGCCUGCUCCGCGCGCAAGGAGGCUUCGGCAGCACCGCGCCGCGCCGCCCCCGCACUGGGCCAGCCGCGGGGACCACGCCGAGCAGAGGCCGCUGGGCCUGCGGGAGCUCCGGGGCCAGGUGCAGAGCGCGAUCGAGGAGGCCGUGCACGUCGAGAUCCAGAAGUCCCUGGGCUCGGACAGACGCGGCGGAGGAGGAGUCGCUGUCCUCCGUGGGCUUCCGGUGCAGCUUCGGCAGCUUCCGGUGCGAGGCCGACGGGGGCGCCCAGUGCAUUUCCGUUGAGGCCGUGCUGUUCCCUCCCAGGUGGAUUUUGGCCAACGAGAGGUUCUCGUGGUUGACUUGCGUCGGCUUGAAGGACGGCAAGGAGGACAAGGGCAGCACGCCCGCCGAGCAGGCAGAGGGCGAGGCGGAGGCGCAGCGGGGGGAGCUGGAAAAGAAGCUGGGCGGGCUGGGCGUCUGCCUCGAGGAAUCCCUGCGAAGGCGCGGGCUGCUGGAAGAGGAGCGGGAGAACAAGAAGGGCUCCGGCAAGAAGAAGGAGGACCGCCCGCGGGGCACCGACGAGGAGAACGCGGCUGCUGCGAAAAUCCAGGCUCCGAUGGUGGAGGUCGUGGGGCUGAGGCUCGUGAGGCUGCUGCUGGGGGAGCGGCUCCUGGGGCACUGCAAGGACCCCGUGGUGCACGAGCCGAAGGCGACGGGACAGCCUAAGCCGCAAGAGCACACGUCCUCAAUGUACGAUCGCGGCUUGGAGCACAUCAAGAAGAAGGAAGAGAAGCUCAAGGAUAAGACGGAUCAACUUGUGAGGGAGGCCGACGAGCGCCUUCAGGCGUCGAAGGCGCGGCCGGGCGCCUCCCAGUCCGAGAAGCUCCUCGCGGCCAGGAACGCGCUCCGCCCGCAGACCGCCGACAAGCCGGCGGGCCGGGUCACCAUCGCCGCCUCGUCGAAGCCCUUCGUCGAGCGUGCGCUAGCGUACGGCAAAUUGAAAGAGAAGUUUCGACAGACCUCGAAGGAGCAGCUCGAGCGCGAAGAGGACGAGCGCGUGAAGGCAUCCAAGGUGCCCAUGAGCCCGACGUCCGUGCGCUUGACCCACGGUUUCGACGCCGAGCAGCGGCGACGGGCGCACCUCCGGCGGAGGGAGAGACGCCUGGAGGAGCUCCGGCUGCGCGCCGUGGAGACCGAACUGGCGGAGUGCACCUUCCGGCCGCAGCUGAGCCCGGGGACGCUCGAGAUGCCCACCAGCGCGGGGUCUCCCGGGUCGAGAUCGUCGCCCUACAGCGCCCGCGGCAGUGCCUUCGACGGCUUUCCGGACGACGACUUUGCCAGCGCAGACGGCUCAUCUAGCCCGAUGCCGCCGGCGUCCCCGCGGUCUUUACAGCGCUGGCAGGCUGGCAGGCCCGCCUCCGCGCCCCUGUCCAUCGGGGCCGCGGCGGUCGCCAAGGGCGCGCGCAUUCCGCAGGUUCGCAGCCUCCACCCCGACGAUUUCGCGGACGUGGUGGCAAUUGUUCGCCGGUAG